GCUCUUCACUCUGUUUGAACACACUGGUUGUAAUAACAACACAACACAACACAUUGCUUAUGUUCAUUCAUCUAAUUCAUAAACCCUAGCUCUAACCUAUACAUACAUCUCUACACACACAAUCAAAUUCCAACAAUGGCGAAAAUUUCGUUAGGUUUAGCGCUAUAUGUAUUGUUACUUUCACUCCUCUGUUUCCAUUCAGUUGUGAUUGAUUCAGCUGUAUCCAGCAUUGAUCUCGGUUCCGAAUCGUUAAAUGUAGCCGUUGUGAAUCUAAAACCAGGUCACCUCCCCAUCUCGAUCGCAAUCAACGAAAUGUCGAAGCGAAAAUCGCCCGCAUUAGUCGCGUUCCACUCCGGCAAUCGCUUGAUCGGUGAAGAAGCGGCUGGUUUAGUUGCGCGGUAUCCGAAUAAAGUGCUUUCGAGUUUUCGGGAUUUGAUCGGCAAAUCUCACGAGUUUGCGAAAAAUGCGUUGGAGAGAAUGUACUUGCCUUUUGAAAUUGUGGAUGAUCCGGAGCGAAAUGUGGUUGCGAUUAAUGCUGAGGGUGAUGGUGAUAGUUAUGUUGUUUAUUCGGUUGAGGAAUUGGUGGCGAUGGUGUUAGGCUUCGCUUCGCGAUUGGCGGAGUUUCAUGCUAAGGUUGAGGUGAAAGAUGUGGUGAUUAGUGUGCCGCCUUAUUUUGGACAAGUGGAGAGGAAGGGGAUAAUGCAAGCCGCUGAGUUGGCGGGGAUUAAUGUCUUGGCAUUGAUUAAUGAGCAUUCGGGGGCUGCAUUGCAGUAUGGGAUUGAUAAGGAUUUUUCGAAUGAGUCUAGGAAUGUGGUUUUUUAUGAUAUGGGUUCCGGGAGUACUUAUGCGGCUCUUGUUCAUUUUUCGGCUUAUAAGACCAAGGAGUUUGGCAAGACUGUUUCAGUGAAUCAGUUUCAGGUCAAGGAUGUUAGAUGGGACCCAAAGUUGGGAGGUCAAGAUAUGGAACUAAGACUAGUGGAGCAUUUUGCUGAUGAGUUCAACAAACAGGUUGACAGUGGAAUUGAUGUAAGAAAGUCUCCGAAAUCCAUGGCUAAAUUAAAGAAACAGGUCAAGCGUACAAAAGAAAUUCUUAGUGCAAACACCAUGGCCCCGAUCUCAGUUGAAUCUAUUUAUGAAGAUCGUGACUUCAAGAGUUCGAUAACUCGUGAGAAGUUUGAAGAGCUCUGUGAAGAUUUGUGGGAAAGAUCUCUAGUUCCUCUUAAGGAAGUUCUUAAGCAUUCUGGUUUGCAGGCUAAUGACUUAAAUGCAGUGGAGUUGAUCGGAGGUGCAACCCGUGUACCAAAGUUGCAGGCUAAACUCCAGGAAUUUUUAGGCAGAAAAGUUUUAGACAAGCAUUUGGAUGCUGAUGAAGCUAUAGUUCUUGGCGCCUCUUUGCAUGCUGCCAACUUGAGUGAUGGGAUAAAAUUGAACCGUAAGAUUGGGAUGAUUGAUGGUUCUAUGUACGGAUAUGUGUUUGAGCUUACUGGUUCGGGUCUUUCUAAAGACGAAAAUACAAGACAAUUGCUUGUUCCACGUCUGAAGAAACUGCCCAGUAAGAUGUUCAGGUACAUUGCUCAUAAUAAGGAUUUUGAAGUUUCUCUUGCUUAUGAUACUGAAGACCUAUUACCACCUGGUGUUCUUUCACAUACGUUCGCCCACUAUGUUGUGUCUGGCCUGACUGAUGCUAGUGAGAAGUAUUCAACACGGAAUCUAUCUUCACCCAUUAAGGCCAGCCUUCAUUUUUCACUUAGUAGAAGUGGUAUACUUUCUUUAGAUCGAGCAGAUGCUGUUAUUGAAGUAUCUGAGUGGGUAGAAGUUCCGAAAAAGAACCUGACAAUGGAAAACUCAACGUUUGAAUCUCCCAACAUGUCAGCCGAAGCUAGUCCGAAGAAUGCAUCAGAAGAAAUUGAUGAAAGUUUGCUCGUUACUGGUGAAUUGUUGAGCAACUCAUCAGAAAUAGUAAAUGAUCAAAAUAGCACAGAUAUUGUUACAGAAAAGAAGUUUAAGAAGAGGACAUUUAGAGUUCCACUUAAGAUUAUUGAAAAGGCGCUGGUCCCAGGAAAAUUAUUUUCAAGGGAAUCUCUGGCUAAAGCUAAAAGCAGACUGGAAAGGUUAGACAAAAAAGACGCAGAAAGGAGAAGAACUGAAGAGUUGAAAAAUGACUUGGAAGGAUAUAUAUAUGCUACUAAAGAAAAGCUCGAUUCAGAUGAAUUCGAGAAAGUAUCAUCCAGCCAGGAACGACAGUCUUUCAUUGAAAAGCUUGAACAGGUUCAGGAUUGGCUUUACAAUGAUGGCGAAAAUGCAUCCGCUGCUGAAUUUCAACAACGCCUAGAUUCAUUAAAAGCUAUAGGCGACCCUAUAUCUUUUAGAUAUCGCGAGCUUACUGCACGACCAGAAGCAACACAACUUGCUAGAAGAUACUUUGAUGAGCUGCAACAGAUUGUGCAAGAAUGGGAAACAAAGAAAUCUUGGCUUCCAAAAGAGAGAAUUGAUGAGGUAUUGACUGACACCGAAAAGGUAAAGAAUUGGCUGGUUGAGAAGGAGGCCGAACAGAAGAGGACUCCUGUAUCUAGCAAGCCGGCAUUUACGUCUGAAGAACUAUAUGAAAAGGUGUUCGAUCUUCAAGAUAAGGUUGCAAGCGUUAAUAGAAUUCCCAAGCCAAAACCGAAGGUGGAGAAGGCUGUAAAGAAUGAAACAGAAGGCAUUGGUAAUAAAACAGAUAGCAGCAACUCAUCCUCUCAAUAUAGUAGUGGCUCACAAGGAGAUGAAACAACUAAUGACUCAGAGGUAUUGGCAGAGGAAAGGUCAAAUGCAAAUGAGUCAAAUUCUCGUGAUGAGUUAUAGUGUUUAAUUUCAUCACAAGUGUUAUUAGUAUCUCUUUACAAAACGGAUAUAUGGGGAACGGAACGGAAGCCGGACUGCAAUAGAUUGAAAUUUAGAUAGAAAUAUAGUCGGGGCAGAUAGUGUAGCGGCGGGCUUUCUACUACAAUAUUUGUGAAUCUUUGAUAUAUCUCUACCAGUAUAGUAAUGUAAUUCAUUCCCUGAGUAUUUGUUUCAAUGAAGAUGUCAAAAAGAACCAGGAUAGGGUUAUUUCGAUUGAUAUCUUCUGUAUUACUGACUUACUGAGUGUUGGGUGCAUCAUGU